GGACUUGUCUGCCUAGCUACAUUACUUACUACUAGGAGUACUCUGAAACUGAAAUGGAGAGUCCUUCUCUGCUUCUUCUCAUCACCUUGUUGGCCUUUGCAUUCAAGGCCUCCAUUGCUCAAUGGAUGCCUGCAUUUGCAACAUUCUACGGCGGCAGCGACGCUUCCGACACAAUGGGUGGUGCGUGCGGGUACGGGAACUUGUACAACGCCGGGUACGGGGUUAAUUCGGCUGCAUUGAGCACGGCCCUCUUCAACAACGGUGCGUCGUGCGGCAUGUGCUUCACCAUCACCUGUGACGCAAGCAAGACACAGUCAUGCAAACAGGGCACGUCCAUCACCAUCACGGCCACCAACUUCUGCCCGCCCAACUACGCCCUGGCCAGCGACAACGGCGGAUGGUGCAACCCGCCGCGGCAGCACUUCGACAUGUCACAGCCCGCGUGGGAGACCAUCGCCAUCUACCAAGCCGGCAUUGUGCCCGUCAACUACAAGAGGGUUCCCUGCCAGAGGAGUGGGGGCAUGAGGUUCACCAUCAACGGGAACGACUACUUUGAGCUUGUGACGGUGGCAAAUGUCGGCGGCAGCGGCGUGGUGUCCCAAAUGUGGAUCAAGGGGUCCAAGACUGACUGGAUGGUAAUGAGCAGGAACUGGGGCGCUAGCUGGCAGAGCAAUGCCUACCUCAACGGCCAGAGCUUGUCCUUCAGGGUACAAACCGACGACGGUAGGGUUGUCACGGCCGACAAUGUUGCGCCGUACAACUGGUGGUUCGGUGGCACCUACACUUCAUGGCAGCAGUUCUAACAUCUCUCGAGGUUGAUGUAGGUACUCAUCUCAUCAGGGUAUUUGAAUAGUCAGGCCCGGUGAUUUCAUCUGAGGCUGUGUAUCCUCUUUUGUUUAAUGAUCUCUAGUGUUUAUCUUCAAUCAAAUCUCUAGUGUUUAACACGGGAUCGCCUAUUUGUGCCUGAGUUUCAGUUGGUUUACUUUGCUUUUGCUUUGAAACACAACGGUUGGGGCAUCUUCCUCCUCCGGCUUCUUCCUUCUCUGACCAAAUACCCACUUGUAUGUAUUGCCAACCAACCGCAUGUACCUGCAAACCGUGGCUCUCGGCGCUACCGUACAUGCCUUUCCGCCCCUAGGGCCUCCC